GCGUUUAUACGACAAAAAACGGUAUUGGUUAAAACAAGGAGUGCCAAGUUCCCCAGCAAAUCUUUUUGUAGGUCAUAUGAAGGAUGUAAGAUCCUACAAUGGAGUAAUUGAAUUCGAGAAAGAACAAUUUAAGAAAUUUGGUAAAACAUAUGGCAUGUAUUUUCUUGACAUGAACUGUCUUGUGACAAUGGAUUUGGAUUUAAUCAAACAAAUUUGCAUUAAAGACUUUGCCCAUUUUCCAGCUCGUUUUUCAGUUAUUUUUUAG